CCCCGCCCGCGGGAGCCCCCAGAGCAGCGGCCCGGCCCCGGCGCCUUCCUGGCGGGCAAGCGUGAACCAUGGAGCUGCGUGUGGGGAAUAAGUACCGCCUGGGUCGUAAGAUCGGGAGCGGAUCCUUUGGGGACAUCUACCUGGGUGCCAACAUUGCCUCUGGUGAAGAAGUGGCCAUCAAACUGGAGUGUGUGAAGACGAAGCACCCACAGCUACAUAUUGAGAGCAAGUUCUACAAGAUGAUGCAGGGAGGAGUGGGGAUCCCAUCCAUCAAGUGGUGCGGGGCCGAGGGCGACUACAACGUGAUGGUCAUGGAGCUGCUGGGGCCCAGCCUGGAGGACCUCUUCAACUUCUGCUCUCGCAAGUUCAGCCUCAAGACGGUGCUGCUCCUGGCCGACCAGAUGAUCAGCCGAAUAGAGUAUAUCCACUCCAAGAACUUUAUCCACCGGGACGUCAAGCCCGACAACUUCCUCAUGGGCCUAGGAAAGAAAGGCAACCUGGUAUACAUCAUCGACUUUGGCCUGGCCAAGAAGUACCGGGACGCUCGCACCCACCAGCACAUCCCCUAUCGGGAAAACAAGAACCUGACUGGCACUGCCCGCUAUGCCUCCAUCAAUACCCACCUGGGCAUUGAGCAAAGCCGCCGCGACGACCUGGAGAGCCUGGGUUAUGUGCUCAUGUACUUCAACCUGGGCUCCCUGCCCUGGCAGGGCCUCAAGGCGGCCACCAAGCGCCAGAAGUAUGAGAGGAUCAGUGAGAAGAAGAUGUCCACACCCAUCGAGGUCCUCUGCAAGGGCUACCCCUCUGAGUUCUCAACAUACCUCAACUUCUGCCGCUCCCUGCGGUUCGACGAUAAACCUGACUAUUCCUACCUGCGCCAGCUCUUCCGAAACCUCUUCCACCGGCAGGGCUUCUCAUAUGACUACGUCUUCGACUGGAACAUGCUGAAAUUCGGGGCUUCCACGAGCCAGGCUCAGCCCCGCAACAGUGAAGCUAUUGCACCGCCCUGUCCCCGUCCCUGGCCCUGUGCCGGGCCCUCGUGCUCACCCACAUACUGGUGCCCGGCGCCCCUGGGCACCCAAGGCCCCCCAGAUAGGCCGGUGGAGGAGGUGGAGGAGGUGGAGGAGCUGCCACCACAAAGCUACUGGCCUGUGGUCUGGACUCCAGGGCCCCAGUUCUGACAUCGCCUAGUGUGCCUGAGCCCAUCAAGGCCGGGCCUGAUGGGGUUUCAUUUGUUUGGGACGGUGGGAAUGGCAAGCUGUUCCCAAGAUAUGACAGAAGAGGCCCUGCGUGGGAUUCUUAGGAAUGAACCAGCUGCCCACAGGCCAGGACAAGUGUGAAGAAGGGAUAAUGGCCUUUGCCAGGAAAGGCCUGGUGAGCGCGGAUGGCAGGACCGUCACACCUUCUGCUUUGAACCUUAUUAAACAUUCCCGUGUCCCCUCCUGCUAUGCCUCUUUUCAUAGCAUGGCCCUCGCCUGCCCUGUCAGGCACUGAGGACUGAGGCCUUGUCCUCCUGGGUGCCAGCCAUACUGCUCUUAAGCUCCUUUUCUCUCUGGGCCCUGGACAGUGGCCUGGUCCCAUUUUCCAAGGUAGCAGAUGGAGGUCUGGCAGAGAUUGGGGUAUCACAGGGCAGGGACUUUGGGGAGAGGUCUCUUACCUUUCUCUCCAGGGUUGGGGUGGGAGGUGAGCAGUGGGGCAUCUCCCAACUUGGAGUAUGGUCAAGGGCUGGCCUAGGAGUCCCAAAUCUGCUUCUGGGAAGGAUUUUGCCCUUCACCCCAUCAGGGCGCCAGAGUGAGCCUGUGUUCUCUUAGACCUGUGCCAUCUACUCACUACUCACGUGGUGCUAACAUUAAUUAAUAAAGUUUAAACAAACAAAAAUAAACAAAAUAGAAAAUGUAAUUUCUUAGUCACCGUCACCUCAUUCUUGAAUGCUGAGGAGCCAGAGUGGCUAAGCAAGUAGAUGGGUGUGUUUUGAUCAUCUGGAAAGUUCCAUGGACAGUGUUGCUCCAGAAGUCCCCCUCCCAGCGUCUUUCACAUGACUGUCCUGCCAACAAGAUCUCUCAAGCCAGGCCAGGCACACCUUCCCCACUAUCGCCGAGGCUCUGACCCGCUUCCUGGGGUCCUCUUGGAGCAAGUUCUGGAGUAUGGAUCUGCGCAGAGGUCCUCAACCAGUACCUGGCCCUGUUACCACCAGGGUGAGCCAGACCAUGCCCACCGAUCCCCUGCUGGGAGCAAGUACCAAACGCACCACGGAGACCGAAGCCUGGCCCCCACCAUUCUGCAGGAAUCUUCGCCUGCAAGCGAGAAUCCAGGCACCAUGGGCUUGGACUCCCCAAUGAGAAGGAUCUCACCUGUGACCUUGAAGUGCCCUCCUACGUUGAGCAUCAACAAGGUGCUGGGUCUCUGGACACUCUGUGGGUGCACAGUGCCCUGUGAGUCCAACCAGCUGGCCAAGAGGAGAUUGCACACAGCCAAGGACGGAGCAUACACAACAGGAUGGAUGCUCGGGUGCCUUGAUGUUGAUCUGUAUUUUCUUGUGGGCAAAUAAAGACUAGAAAAACGCUCCCUGAUUCGCCUUUGCUUGGGUGGGUGGAAACGCAGAGGAUCGCACUGUUCCUCUUGCCUGGGGGGCUGGCAUUGGCCGGAGCCUGCUGGGGUAGCCGGAAGACCAGUCUGCAUGUCUGAAGAAAUCAUGUAGCCUCAUCACAUCUCUGUUUUUUCAACUAGGAGGUGGCCUUGGUCUUGUGCUGGAGGGUGGGUGUUGUCGCUCUGUCUCCCCAGGUGGACUGUGGUACUGGCUGCGCCUGUGUAGCUGAGUAGUAGAGCCCAGGGUGAAGGCCAGAGGUCAGGAGAUGGCGUCCUGGUGCUCCCGUGCCAGCCCAGUGGGCUACAGGGUGGGAGGAACAGGGAGUUUCCCCAAGGUAGGCCUCUGAACCGUAACUUUAGGAUGUGCAGUGUAACCAAAUGGCAGAGAAUGGCGUUCAGCCCCCAGCUCUGCGGCAGCUGUUGUGACCUGUGGGUACCUCUGACCAGCUAUGGACUCCAAGGCUGCCUUAGAGGUGUCCCCAGGAAAGGGGUCAGAGUCCUAGCAGGGCCAACAAGGUACCAGGGGACUAUGACUAAUGUGGGUUGAUUCAUGAGGCAUCGAGGAUCGUGGCACUGGGCUCUUCCCCCAGGUGUUCAGGCCUACCCCAUUUGCCUAAGCAGCAGGGCCUCAGCCAGGCCCCUGGGACCCACACCCUGUGCCCCUAAGCAGGCCC